GGAAUCCGGAAUCCUCCAGCCAGGAUUUCUGGAAAACCUGGGAAUUUUGUGAAUAUUAAUGGAUUUUGCAACCCUAGUUGUACAUGUCUCCCAUUGCUUUUACCCACUUUUGGUUUCUCUUAUAUGGCGUUCUGGCGGUGUGCUUGAGCGCCUUCACAUGUUAUUAAAGCAAACUACUAUGACAAUAAAAUAUAAAAAUUGGAGAAGUGCUAGUUCUUUAUUUGGGCUGUUUCACAGAAGUGUUUAACAUUAGAGGAAAAAUAUAAUUAAGUUGACAUGACAUUUGUCAUUUAAUCUUUAUCAUGCAUACCAAAAAAAUAAAUCUUUACCCUGUGAGAAAGAUGGAAUUUAGUAGAGCUGUUUCAUGGCACAAGUGUGUUCAGGCAGUCCUUUUCAAAGCCUAAAAUACUUCAUUUCAACCCAUACAGAAUGUGCCCUACAGCUYGAUACUUGCCUGUGUGUAAUGAUGACCAAUUGUGUACCUUUUGUACUCUACUAAAUUACAUGACCAGCAGGUGGCGCCUUUUAUCUCCCUUUCAAGUUUUACUCUAUUGUAUUAAUCACAGAUCAAUUUGAUAAAUCAAACAUGACUUGUAUUUACGCUAACCUAAUUAUCCAUACACAACUGACAUCUGGACCCAAUUAGAAUGUCUAUAAUACUCUCCCAUACCAUAAAUUACCCAUUCUCCAUAAGUAUCAUGUCCUUUUCAAACUUAAAUUCUAUAAUUUUGUAGCAUUCAAAUGUACAGUAUUCAAUUGAUUUUAUUUGUAGAAUUUGGCUARCAGGCCCCAUCAAAAACAGUCAUGAUGGCAUGCCCCUGCCAUAGCCCUUCCAUCUGACAUCUUAGAAAGAAUAAUGUACUGUUCCAUUUUCCCAUAAUACAUAGCCUAAAAUGCCAUGUGGGGAGAAUAUACUGUAUGUCAACAGGGCACAAACUGGAGCAAAGCAGAGAUUGUCAUGACAUGGUGGAGGGACACAGAGCGGGAUAGGGAACUACAGGGUGGGGUCACUUCUGUGUGGGCGUGGCUUUGGCCAUAGUAGUGGUUUUGACAGUAGGCAUCAGAGGAGCAGCCAGCCAGCCUCUGACCAACACUGGGCAAAGAGCGAGAGGCAACACAGGCGAAACGCCUAAUGCACAACCCAAGGAUGCAAUCCACAGUGGUCACGGUGUCAGACAUGGAUCGUAAAACCAGCCGCACCAGCACCAACCAUGAGACCCAGGACACUGAAGCAACGACCCCACUGAACCAUGUCCCUGACGGGGUCACCCUGGGCACUGACGUCCCCUGCUGGUACUACUUCACCAGGCCCAUCCUGGCCAUCCUUAUCGGCGGAGUGCUGUUCGGCUUGGGCACGGCCCUCUCCCUGCUCUACUUCACCCAGGUGGGGAACGUGCCCUACCUGCUGGGUCCUGUGUUCCUUUCUGUGGGGCUCAUGUUCUUGGUCACGGGGCUGGUGUGGGUGCCCGUGGUGAAACAGAGACUAGAGCACAAGGCUCUGACCAAG